AAUCAUUGUUUCAUUUGAAAAUUGUCAGUGGGAUAAAUAGGGUCAAUAUCAAUUUUCGGAAAUUCACAGAGGGCAAAAUUCGAUGUUGAAAAGGUUUAAAAAGGUGAAAAAAAUAAAGAAGAAGCCCGUGGAACAGCCGCCGGACCGAGAUGCUUCUGCAGAGUUGGAACUGCCGCUGGACGAGACGAGUCCUGCCAACUUUGACCCUACAGCCGAAAAAGACACGCUGACCUACGACCCAGCCGAAGGAGAGGAAAACAGCAGUGACCCUGACGAUCUUCCACCUGAGCUGCGAAUGCUGUCCGUGCCAAAGUUCAUGCUUGGCGCGCGAAACCGAUCGGCCACUUUCGCGGUGCUCAGCCACAAGAAGAACGACUCGACCUUGAGUUUCCGGCUACAGGCGGACAUUGAUCCUGCGUGGCUGAAGCAACAGCACCGCGUCAGGGAGGAGCAAAGGUUGAUGGAGGAAAAGCGGUUUGAAAAUGAACCCCCCUUGAAACCAAAACUUUACAAGAGGAUAAAUUACAUGAAAAAUAAUCUUUUGAAAAAGAGCCCAAAGACGAUAGUUAUCUCCACUGAAGAUCCGGAAACGACACCCACGGCCGGUCCUAGUGAACAGAAACCCAAUCAGAGGAAAUCUCCUCAGGAAUCAAACGGUCAAAAGAGUUUGAUCCCUACUUCAAAGGUGCAAAAAAGUGCAAACUCGAGGCAAGGAACUACGCCAACGGUCAAGAAGCCAGCCUUUACCGGCAAAGAGGCAAUCGCCAACAGUCCUCGCAGCGUACGCCGUCCUUCAGCAGCGACCUUCAGAAGAUCCAUCAGCUCAGGGCAACAAAAAACACCAAAGCCACAUCAAAUUCCAAGCAAACCCUCUGGUUCAGGUCUUCAAAAGCAGGCGACCUUGGCAUCACAACCGCAAUCAGUGGCGAAAGGUCCGCAAAGAAAAGCAUCUUCAAGCUCUAACGCCAAGGCUGUGAGUGCCAGUCUGCAAAAGAAACCCUGCGACCCACCUUCAAAAGACAUCAAAUCGACAGCAAGUUCGGCUAAAGGAUCAAACCCCAAAUUGGCACAAAUGAUUGAGCCCGCUUUGAAGAUGGUUGGCUCAAAAGGAAAACUUACACGUGGUAUCAAGACUUUCGAACUAUCUACCAAACCGAAAAUUCACAAAUAA